AUGGCUGAACAGUCUCGAACCUGUGAAGUGAGCCAACCUCCAACCCCUCGAGCACGUCGCAUCAAAGACAGAGAGUGGAGAGCCUUGCGCCCUGAGAUUGAGAAGCUCUACCUGGAGCAAGCUCAUUCGAGAAAAGAAGUGAUUGAGAAACUGGCUCAAGGUGGAUUUCUCGUCACUGAGAAGCAGCUCAAACAUAUUCUGAUGAAAUGGUGCAUCAAAAAGAAAGUUAGCAGCAUAGACAUGGAAAAUAUGUUGACAAUCAAGAGAAAACGUGAAGAAGGCGGCAAGUCGACAGAGUUCAUAUAUCAUGGGCACAUUGUGGAUCAAGCAAAAAUGCAGCGCGCAGAAAAGCGAUGGAAGAUUCCACCCUUGUCCAACCCUGCGCUCCCUUCGUACAUUGAGGUCUUCAGCCCGAACACACCACGUCGGAGUCCACUUCCCAGUCCAGUUCUGAGUGAAUUUAUCGUUCAAAACUCUGGAAUCGACAACAUCUUCUCUGGUUCGAGUAACCUUACCCCUUCCGGCAAUCACUUCCUUGAGAAAUCACCGACCUUCGCAGCUGGUGAAGAAGGUACUGCAAUUACCACGUUUGAGGCAGACCCGCUAUUUUUCCAACAUUUCGAAAACGAUCUCCAAUGGAGCCUCGAUUUUGCGCAGACUAACUACCAUGAAGGGGAGUUGACUAUUCGCGCUCCUGCAUCGUUCGCUUCCACGACUCGCAAUGAUAUUGAAUUUUCUUCUUUCCUCAAACUACUUGAUAAUAACGUCGACGGCCCGCUCGACUCUUCCCACGACUCUGCCAUGGCAGUUUUCGGAGACAGCUCAGAAAAGCCAGCAUUAUGUCCGACGCUGCCAACCCCUGUUCCCAGUUCCCAAAUCACUUCACCCUUUUCCUUACCAAUUGGAUUGAGUCCAACUAUUUUAUCCGAUGACCGCCAACCCUCCCCAAAACAUGACCUGGAGUCGAUAUCUCUCUCGGAUGAAAUCAUAUUUUACGGCAUGAAUCCUGAGGACACCAUACCUGCAGUCCAGAUGUUGAGGAAGCUGCUCCAUAGUCUCCAAGAAAAUGUGUUCCUAGAACACCAUAUGAGAUCGCAUGGCAGUUUCCGAUCGAACCUGACGGACGUGAUAAGAAGUGAGCGCCUGCUCGCUAAGGUAGAUGGUAUUGCGCUUUGGUCAUACCAGGCUUCGAUAAAGAUGAUCCAACAGCAAAGGGCAGCUCGCCAGUCAUCCUCCACGAAUUUCGAAUUAUCCACGCCACAGAGGAAUGAAAACAAUCAGCAGAUUUCAGAAUAUCAGGCUCAGACUGCGUCGAAUGGGGGCACGCUCAUUGCCUACUGUGAUGUCCAAACUUGGUGUACGACCGGCGGAUUUCUUCAAUUACAAUUGCGUCGAAUGUCCAAGGAGAUCUCGGGCAGCGAUAAAGACAGUACUGCGAAUUCUAUCUCUAUUUGCGUUAUCCCAGAGGUCAGAAAUUACGCAAUAAAUGGCAUCUACAUUAAUAUCCCCCCAAUUUGUAGGAGAUCUCAGCAGCCUCCACUCUACACAUCAAUUCGAACAUUCAAUGUGGUUCCAGAGAGCUCCGAAAUCAUCACUUUUGUCAAGGAGAACAAUCUAGAGGGUGUGAGAAGGCUGAUAGGAGAAAAGAAGGCCUCUCCGCGGGACGUCGAUCCAUGCGGUGUCUCACUCCUCUCGUAUGCAAUGCUCUCAGGUUGCUCAGGGGUCUUUCGGUUGCUCAUGGAAGGGGGGGCGAGCACAGAGCAAUGUGAAUUUGGUGGCCGAACAUGCAACAUUAUUGAUACGAUCUGGUAUUCACAUGUUCAAGAGGCGGUCCACCUCGACUGUGCUGAGGCCUCCAUAUGGGAGCGUGUCGCCGAUAUUGAUCAUUGUCGUUCCAUGACAAGGCUUGCGAUCGAGAGCGGAUGUGUUCCUGGAGAAUCUAUACCUUUGAACCAAAGCGCACCGACACCACUAUUUUUUUACACCCAUGCAUGCCAGGGCAGUUUCACCAGAUCCCGGCUCACAGGCACGAUCAAGGCCAUGCUUCGUCUUGGAUAUGACAAAGAAGUUCGGAAUGACACUGGACAAACGCCUCAGCUAUAUGCAGCCUUCACGCAUGGGGUACGAUCUCUGACAGCAAUGGAACUCCUGAUUGCUGAAGGCGCAAAUAUAUAUGCCGUUGAUGGCCACGGCCGAGGCGCUCUUCAUUUGUGCCUCUGGUUUUCUGAGAGUCUUAAAAGGAAUUACAGCUUCAUUUGCCGAUUGAGCGCUGAACGCCAUAUUAACACAGCAAACUGCUCCAGAAAUAGGGCUUUUGGUGUCCGGGACACUGAAAGCACCAUGCAAGAAGUGGUGUCCUCGGAGGACAGUGAUAGCCAACCUGGCGAAGAGUCUGGCAGGGAGUCUGCUACCUGUGAUAACGAAGAGGUUUCCUCUGUCUCUGAUGACCCGUCGGGGCUUCGAGAAACUUGUCCCUGGUGCGGUAAUAGAGCCCAGCUACAGAUUAAUUUUGAUGGCUGGGCUCCGUUACAACACUACUGCUACUGCGAGCGUAUAGAUGUUGACGACUUCAACAUGCCAGAAGCCGACGAUCCAGAACCUCGACUAUACUUGUCUAAGGCGCGGAUCCGGCUCAAGCUCCUUGCCUUGUUAAAAGCGGGAUGCUGCCCCAACUCGCUCGACAAUGCAGGGUUAUCCCCCAGUGACUACGCCACAGCAGAAGGACUGUGGUCACAAUGGGAGUGGGCUCUCGCAAAAAGUGGCUUUCGAUACGACGAGGGCACGAAAUCGUGGGUUCAAGACAGCUGA